CGCUCGCUCCUGCCUUCUCUCCCUCCCUCCACCCGAGCGCGGCGCCGUCCAUGCCAUUGCCAUUGCCCGGCCCCGUCGCUCUCCAAGGUGCUGAACCGCGCGGGGCGGCGCUGCGGGGCCCGCUCUCCAAGGUGCUGAAGCCCCUCCAAGGCGGGCGCCCGCUCAGCCUGCCCGGCUCAGCCUCCCAAGCGCUGCCUUUCUCCCCAAGCGCCCGGAUUGUGUACAAAUUGCGCGCAGAGAGAGACCAGCCCCGCCGCCUGCCUCCCGCUCUCCUCUUCGCCCCCUCCUCGCUCUCUCUCUCUCUCUCUUUUUUCCAAGUGCCCAUUUCCCACUCUGACUCUUGUGGACUACAAAACAAACAAACAAAAUGUGUAACCUCAAUGCACUCGGCGUCUACCUUUGGGAGACCAUAGUAUUCUUCAGCCUUGCUGCUUCCAAAGAAACUGGAGCAGCAGCCCGAUCAGCUCCUAAACCAAUGUCCCCUUCAGAUUUCCUGGAUAAACUGAUGGGAAGGACAUCAGGAUACGAUGCCAGAAUCAGGCCCAAUUUUAAAGGUCCUCCAGUGAAUGUCAGCUGCAAUAUUUUCAUCAACAGCUUUGGAUCUAUUGCGGAAACUACAAUGGAUUACAGAGUGAAUAUUUUCUUGCGACAGACAUGGAAUGACCCUCGACUGGCAUACCAUGAGUUUCCAGAUGAUGCCCUGGAUCUGGACCCAUCUAUGUUGGACUCCAUCUGGAAGCCGGACUUGUUCUUUGCCAAUGAGAAAGGAGCUCACUUUCAUGAAAUCACAACAGAUAACAAACUCCUACGCAUCUCCAAAAAUGGCAAUGUCCUGUACAGCAUUAGGAUUACCUUGACACUGGCUUGCCCUAUGGAUCUGAAGAACUUCCCCAUGGAUGUCCAGACAUGUAUCAUGCAAUUGGAAAGCUUUGGAUACACAAUGAAUGAUCUGAUAUUUAAAUGGCAAAAAGCUAAUGCCGUGCAGAUUGCUGAAGGGUUAACUUUGCCUCAGUUCAUUCUGAAAGAAGAGAAAGAUUUGCGUGACUGUACUAAAGAAUACAAUACAGGCAUGUUCACCUGUAUAGAAGCCCGUUUCCACCUGGAGCGACAGAUGGGAUACUACCUGAUCCAGAUGUACAUCCCCAGCUUGCUGAUUGUAAUUCUGUCCUGGAUCUCCUUCUGGAUCAACAUGGAUGCUGCACCUGCCCGAGUUGGCCUGGGCAUCACUACUGUGCUCACUAUGACCACACAAAGCUCUGGUUCCCGAGCAUCUUUGCCCAAGGUGUCCUAUGUUAAGGCCAUUGAUAUCUGGAUGGCUGUGUGCUUGCUGUUUGUGUUCUCGGCUCUUCUGGAGUAUGCUGCUGUCAACUUUGUGUCCCGGCAGCACAAAGAGCUCCUCAGGUUCAGAAGGAGAAGGCGGCACCACAAGAGCCCUAUGUUUAAUAUAUUUCAGGAGGAUGACACUGGAGAAGGCCGGUUCAACUUCUCCGCCUACGGGAUGGGACCUGCCUGCCUACAAGCCAAGGAUGGCAUCUCAGUCAAAGGAGCCAAUAACAACAACACAGCAAACCCUGCGCCACCUGCUUCCAAGUCUGCCGAUGAAAUGCGCAAGCUUUUCGUCCAGCGAGCCAAAAAGAUCGAUAAGUUUUCACGGAUCGGUUUCCCUAUGGCUUUCCUCAUCUUCAACAUUUUCUACUGGAUCAUCUACAAGAUUGUCCGAAGGGAAGAUGUACACAAGCCAUGAGCCAAGAGAGAGGGAGUUCCUAUGCCAAAAUCAAAAGAGAAUGGAUGGUUGCAAAGGCAAGAUAGAUGGUUACUCUAUACUCACCAUGUGCAAUAGCAAUGCAGUGAUGCAUGAAAUUAAGAAUGUGGCAAUAUCUAUUUUAAAAAGGGGGUGACUUUUAAAAAAACACAUGAACUGAAAAAUACUAGGGGUGGGUGGGCUUUGGGAAGAAAGCUUUCAAAAACUUGAGUUGGGGAGAUUAUGGAAGAAAUGAAUUGUUUUACAGCAUAGGGAAGUUAGGAUUGCUAUGGCGGCAGUCCAAGCAGUGUAAUAUAUUAAAUAUAUAUUCAUGCUUAAUUAUAAUGCAAAAAGAAAUCCUUUUUUAGCCUAUUAACAGCUUAGAUUCUAAAGCCAAUGGAAUGAUUCAUGAUUCCAUGUGCAAAGAGGAUUGCAAUUCUGCUUAAACCCGACUCUUGCUCUACAAGGCCAUACCAGUCCUAAGAAAGCAUGCUAAAGAGAUAUUUUUAAAGAGAAAGAGAGAGAGAGAGAGUUUGGAUGGGGAUAUUUUAAAUGAGAAAGGAAAGGUCAGGGUUUGCUGGGAAGCACUGAGGGGAUUAUAAAUUUCAUACUAGAAAACAAUCACUUUAUUGUCUUCCCCUACAAAAUAUAGAAUAUAUAAAUUGAUAGAUAGAUAAAUCUUAUUUUAUAUGCCUGGCAGUGAGUGGUGCAAACUGAAGUAAAGAAAUGCCUCUAUAGUAUUUAUUUAAAUGCUAACCUACAUUUUUAACAUUAGUUGGAUUUCCAUCAGAAGUGAACAACAGCUUCUUAAAUCUCAAGAGGUAGAAGUUGUCUCUUCUGAACAAAGGUGCUCACUCAUACAACUCACAGCUAUUGGCAUGAAUGGGAAUCCCAGAAAUGUGAUUGUAGACUCAUCACAUGAGGUUUCCAAAGCAGUACUCAUUUUACGAUACUAGCCCUGUUUCUUUAAGUUGAUAAAAAAGCAAGUUCAUAAAAUGAGAAACUAGAGCUUUAAAACACCCCCCCCCCCCCCCCC